CAGCGGACAUCAUCACAUGGCGCGCGCGCGCUAGUGGGUGUUUAGCGUGUACUUGUAUAUACGUAUACACAUUGGUGGGUGCGCGCUCGCGGGAGAUACAUCUUUCACGUUGCAUGAGUAUAUAUAUAUGUAUAUGUACAUACGUUCUGUAGCUCGUUCGCUAUUGUACUCGGAGGUGGAGGAGAGGAAAAGUGAGCGCUCCGUCUGCAGCUGGUAGUGGUGGUGGUGGUGGUGGUGUUUUUUUUAUUCUUGUUGUUUUUGUAUACUUGGUGGUGCUGGUAUGGUGUUGAAAAUUGUGCUUGAACGAGGAUAAGUAGGAAAAUUAUUUAAAAAAAAAAGAGAAAAUAGUAGUAAUAAUCAUCAAUCCGGUGCAGUGGAGCUGGUCGAGAGAUAGGCGCGUGUGAUGGUGCAGCUGUGAGGAUGAGGCACUGCAGGACGAGAGGUAGUGUUGGUAGGAUGAUAAGGGCACCGGGGACAUGGGCCUAUUUCGUUGUGGUGGUGGUGGUGGUGACGCUGACCGGGGGAUCGGCCCGGGCUGAACCCGAUCCUGCUUACGACUGGAGCAGGGUGUCCAAGCUGCGGGACGAGGACAAGUGCUACGACAACACCGGCAAACCACAGAGAUGCGUGCCAGCGUUCGAGAACGCGGCGUACAACCUCAUGGUCGAGGCGACCAACACUUGCGGCCAGGACGACCGGGGCACGCCGUUUUGCCGGCAAAGCGGCAUCGACAAAAAGUCGUGCGACAUCUGCUACGAGGGUGACCACCCGAGCUCCUUCCUCACGGACCAUGACACCAACGAGAACACCACCUGGUGGCAGUCGCAGACCAUGUUCGAGGGCAUACAGUACCCGAACCAGGUCAACCUCACCUUGAAGUUGGGGAAAACGUUCGACAUAACGUACGUGCGGGUGCUGUUCGAGUCGCCGAGGCCCGAGAGCUGGGGCAUCUACAAGCGCAAGAGCGAAAAGUCAUCUUGGGAGCCGUACCAGUUCUACUCGGCCACGUGCCGCGACACCUACGGCCUGCCCGACUCUAAGGAAACCGUCCGGGGCGAGGACGCCCGGGUGCUCUGCAGCAGCGAGUACUCGGACAUUGUGCCCCUGUCCAAGGGCACCGUCGCCUUCUCGACCCUCGAGGGCAGGCCCUCCGCCUACUACUUUGACACCAACCCCGAGCUCCAGGACUGGGUGCAAGCGACGGAUCUGAGGAUCACGCUGGAUCGGCUCAACACCUUUGGGGACGAGGUCUUCGGGGACGACCAGGUCCUGCAGUCCUACUACUACGCGAUUGCCGACGUGGCCGUUGGUGCUCGCUGUGCUUGCAACGGGCACGCCGGCGAGUGCGUCAACAGCACAAGCGUCGACGGCCGUACUAGGCGAGUUUGCCGGUGCGAGCACUUUACGACAGGGCCCGACUGCAACGAGUGCCUGCCGUUCUACAACGACGCCCCUUGGGGCCGUGCCACGGUCGCCGACGCUCACGAGUGCAAACCUUGCAACUGCAACGGCUACUCGGACCGUUGCUACUUCGACAAGGAGCUGUACAAGACGACGGGGCACGGUGGCCACUGUCUCGACUGCCGUGACAAUCGGGACGGUGCCAACUGCGAGCGGUGCCGCGAAAAUUUCUACGCCCGACCGGAGGACGGCUACUGCAUCGCCUGCAACUGCAACGAGAUCGGUUCACGUAGCCUGCAGUGUAACUCGGAGGGCAAGUGCCAGUGCAAGCCGGGCGUGACGGGCGACAAGUGCGACCAAUGUGCCGCCAACUUUUUCGACUUUGGUAGCUUCGGGUGCACCUCGUGCGACUGCAGCGAGGCCGGCUCCCUCGGCAACGUGCCCAACUGCGACCCCGUGACCGGCAUCUGCACCUGCAAGGACAACGUCGAGGGCAAGCGCUGCCGAGAAUGUAGGCCGGGCUUCUUCAACCUGGCCGAGGACAACGAGUUCGGGUGCACCCCGUGCUUCUGCUACGGGCACUCGUCCCUCUGCUCGACCGCGACCGGCUACUCGCGCGUCAACGUCGAGAGCACCUUCGUGCGGGGCAACGAGCGCUGGUCGGCCAGCGUGGCCGGUAACACCGUUCCCGUCACUUACGACGCCCUCACCCAGAGCAUCACCGCCAGCGCCUCCGACCGGGACAACGUCUACUUCGUGGCCCCCGAACGCUUCUUGGGCGACCAGCGCGCCUCUUACAACCAAGAUCUCACCUUUAGCUUGAAGAUCAGCGACAACGGGCCCGCCCCCACCGCUCGCGACGUCAUCCUCGAGUCCGGCAACGGCCAACAGAUCAUCCAGCCGAUCUUUGGACAAAAGAACAAGCUACCCUCGGUCAACGUACAAGAGUACACGUUCCGGCUGCACGAGCACCCGGACUACGGCUGGCUACCGCGGCUCUCGUCCCGAGCCUUCAUCUCCCUCCUGAGUAACCUCACCGCCAUCAAGAUCCGCGGCACCUACACCCAUCAGGGUAAGGGUUACCUGGACGACGUGAGACUCGAGACCGCCCAUCGGGGCGCAGCCGGCGAGCCGGCGGACUGGGUCGAGCAUUGUACCUGUCCUACCGGCUACGUCGGCCAGUUCUGCGAGUCCUGCGCCCCGGGUUACCACCACGAUCCCCCGAACGGUGGCCCGUUUGCCCUGUGCGUCCCGUGCAACUGCAACGGCCACGCUGACAUAUGCGAGGCAGAAACGGGUCAAUGUAUCUGCCAGCACAACACAGCCGGCAGCAAUUGCGAGCACUGCGCUCGUGGCUUCUAUGGGCACCCGCUCAAGGGCACCCCGGAGGACUGCCAGGCUUGCCCCUGCCCUGACAACGGGCCGUGCAUACUGCUCGGCAAUAACCCCGAUCCCAUAUGUUCCGAGUGCCCCGUUGGCAGAACAGGUCCGCGUUGCGAGAUUUGCUCGGACGGUUACUUUGGAAAUCCGGAGAAGGGAGUCGCUUGCAGGCCCUGCGAGUGCAACAACAACAUAGACCUAAACGCGGUGCGCAACUGCAACCAAGAGACCGGCGAGUGCCUCAAGUGCGUCAACAACACAGCCGGUUACCACUGCGAAGAGUGUCUGCCAGGUUACUACGGCGACGCCUUGUCCGACCAGAAGGAGGACGGGUGCAAGCUCUGCCAGUGCUACCCACCGGGUACUCUCGAGGCGGGCGAGAACAGGCAGGCCGGAGUCGCCCCGUGCGAUCAACUGACCGGCCACUGUUACUGCAAGCCCCACGUGAUCGGGCGCAACUGCGACAAGUGCGAGGACGGCUACUACAACAUCCGAAGCGGCGAGGGUUGCGCCGCGUGCAGCUGCGACCUCGAGGGCUCGUACAACAGGACCUGCGAUCCCCACAGUGGCCAGUGCAACUGCCGGCCCGGGGUCACCGGGCAACGCUGCGACGCCUGUCUACCCUACCAGUACGGCUUCGGCAGGGACGGCUGCAAGCCCUGCGAGUGCGACUCCAUCGGCUCCCAGGACCUACAGUGCGACGCCAGUGGACAAUGCUCCUGUCUGCCAAACGUGGAGGGCCGGACGUGCGACCGUUGCAAGGAGAACAAGCACAACCGGCAGUACGGCUGCCUGGACUGCCCGGCCUGCUACAACCUGGUCCAGGACGCGGUGAACGAGCACCGGGGCCGGCUGGCCGAGCUCGAGGAUACGCUGCGCAAGAUCAAGAGCAACCCGACCGUCAUUAACGAGGAGGGCUUCAAGCAAAAGCUCCGCGAGGUCCAGGAGCGCGUCAACGAGCUCCUCGAGCUCGCCAAGUCGGCGACAGGCAGCGACAAAAAGUCCCUGGUGGAGCAGUUGGACGAGCUGCGCGACCAGCUCACCGAGAUCAACGAGACGGUCCAGAACGUCGAUCAAACGGCCAUAGACGCCGGCAAGACCACCUCCCAGGGACGCAUGAGCAUCGACGAGGCCGAGAUCGUUCUCGACAAGAUUCGUGAACAGCUCACGGAAGCCGAAGAUUUCCUGGCCACGGAUGGGCAGAGUGCUCUGGCCGAGGCGAGGAAGCGCGCCGAGCACGUGGGUCAGCAGAACCAGCAGAUGACCGCCAUCGCCCAGGAGGCCAGGGCCGUGGCCGACUUAAACAUCAAGGAGGCCAAGAGGCUUCAAGUUGUCGCCGAACAGGCGAAGAACACGUCGCUCGAGGCGUACAAUCUCGCGAAGAAGGCCAUCGCCAAGUACUCGAACAUCAGCGAUGAAAUUCGAUUCCUGGAGAGUAAGCUGAUGGCGCUGGAGGACCGUUACGGGGACGUGAAGAAGCUCACCGCCACGGCUGUGACAAAGGCAGAUGCCGUGUCCAAAGAGGCUCUGAACGUGCUGAUACUGGGCAUCUCCCUGCCCACUGUCAACGUGAUGGAGAUGCAAAACCGCGUCGACGAAGUCAACAAGGAGGCCACGAAGAUAAAGGAGCAGGCAAAAAUAUUGCUGGAGGAGAACGAGGAGCUGGUACACGACGUCGAGGACAAGGUCAGGAGGAGCGAGGAGCUGCUCGAUAAGGCCGAGGAACAGCAGAUCGUGACCGCCGAGCACCUCGCCGAGGUCGACGAGGCCAACAGCAUAGCCAAAAAUGCCGUCAAUCGUGGCAAUCAGACGCUCAAGGAGGCCCAGGACACGUUGAAGAAGCUUAGUGUGUUCGACGCGGAGGUGCAAGACGCUCGGGCCAAGGCCCAAAAGGCGCUCGAGGACAUAGCCAAGAUCCGUGCCCUGAUCCAGGACGCGGCGCGCAAAGCCCAGGGGGUCCACCAGGUGCUCGAAGCCUCGGAGCAAAACGCAAACAGGGCUCGCGAGGUGGCCCAGAGCGCCGAGUCGAACGCCAACAACGCCAGCGCCAUGGCCAACGAGAUACGCCAGGAGGCCAACAAGACCAAGGCCGAGGUCAUCAAACUGGGCAACGAGGCCGACAAGCUCCAUCUGCGCGCCAACGCGACGGACUCGAUGAUCCGACAGUACGAGAGCCGCAUACAAAAGGACGCGGAGAUCACCGGACAGGUCAAGCGGAAGGUCGGCCAGGCCAAGUCCAACGUGACGGCAGCCUCGCAGCAGGUGGCCAAGGCGCUGGAGGAGAUAGCCGAGAUCACCCGAGAACUCGACGCUCUUCCGGAUAUCGACAACGCGGACUUGGAUCGCUUGGAGGACAGACUGCGCAAGGCAGAGGCCGAGAUCCGGGCGGCCGACCUCGACCAGCGCAUCCGCGCGCUCACCGAAGCCAAGAACCUUCAGACCCAGUGGGUGAAGAAUUACGAGGACGAGGUGAGCCGGCUGCGCAACGAGGUCGAGAACAUCAGCGACAUGCGGAAAGUGUUGCCCGUCACCUGCUACAAGAGGGUCCGUCUCGAGCCCCAGUAGAGCGCACCCAAGACGCCCACAGGAGUGCCCCUAUGAUCGUCUUCUACUUCCACUUUAUCGUCUCUCGUUCAGCAACGUGCAGGUUCUUCUUUCUUUUUUUUUUUUUUUUUUUUUUUUCUUUUUUUUCUUUCGUGCUUGACGAGGAAGACGCGUUCACGAGUGUGCCAUUCGAUAUGUUCUUCCUCCAUCAUCUUUACGAUGUAUGAAAAAAACUCUGUCCCUGUCUUUUGGUAUUUCAUCGGGAUUCAUAGUGCAUGUUACUUUUCUUUUAUUAUUUUUUCGUCUGUUUUUCACAUUAUCUGUAGUUUGAGUUGUUUGAAAUGAUUAGAGUAUUCGGAAUAAAUUGAUACCGAUCAAUGUCAUCUCUAAAAUCACGUUGGGUGAAGUGGAAUAAUUCGCGAAUUGCAUGUAUUAUUCAGAGGCAAUGAAAUUAUCUUGAGAAAAAUAAACAUCCCAUAGUUGAGACAUUGGGAUGGAAAUUUUUUGAAAGGUGCCUUGAAAACAAACAACUCAUUGUAAAUGGUACUUACUAUGCGCACCUAUGUAUAGUUUUAUCGAUCGCUGCGGGUAAGUCGUGAAAUUUUCAGCGAACGUGCACGUAAAAAUUACCGUAGUUUCUGUUUGGCAUUGGAAUGGAAGGAAAAAAAAAAAAAAAAAAUUAGAAAAAUGAUCAAACGAUCGAGAGCGUGGUGCGCAAUACUUAAUCGUGUACAUUAUAAAUAAAUCUACUAUUAGAUUGUUUUAUUUAAUUAAAUAUAAAAUUUUUUUUUGUAAUCUUUCUAUGUACUUUCACAGUUCAGCUUGCGUCGCGUGCUCCUAUCACCGCGCGACCGAUUAUUGCAAUAUUUUAAGUAUCAUACCAAAGAUCUUCUUUUUUUUCUCUCUCUCUCUCUCUUUCUCUUUAUUUACGAUAAUUGAAGGAAAAAUAGUUCAGAUUACUAUUGUAUUCGAGUCAAGUAUACGCUGCAUUUUUACUGGACCAAUAAGUUUAUGUGUUAUUCACUUUUGGAAUUUGAAUACGAGAGUCCCCAUAUUUACGUAUGAAAAUUUUUUUUUUAAUACAAGUAUAAUUUUGAAUUUCAUAGAUUUUAAGGCUUCACUUACUUAGAUUUGUGUUUUUCUAUGCAUCUCAAAGCGUGACACUUUUCAUUUGUAUCUUUAUGAAUUAAUAUAUUAAAUGAGUUAUUUUAGUAAGCCUAGUACAAAGUGUAGAACAAGAAUUUAAUUGGAAAAAUAAAGAAA